UUCACAGACAUCAGGGUCGUCAUGUUGAUUGGCACUGUCUCUAGGCUGAGUCAGUGACUGCUGUGAGCAGAGUUUACAGAAUACUAAUGCUUCUAUCAAGCACUUUCCUCCGCCAGUGAGAGCCCUGCAGCUCGCGUCGGCUCUCAUUAUGGGAAGUAGCUUAUCUAGAUUGAAACAUUAGCAUUGUAUUAGCAUUUAGAGGUUGCUUUUGUGUUGAUGGGAUGGUACAGUAGAGUGGAAAAGUCUACUUUGGCCUGUCUGCUAUAGCUGCCUUCUCAUAUGCACUUAGGCUGUACUCCAGAGCAAAUGGAUAGAUUUUUUCAGCCUCACUCACUCAAGACUCCUGUCUCUUGGGACAUUUAACCACUGUGGAAUUCUGACUAAGUCAUUUCUGAACCCAGAUGGAGGAACAGCAUGUGGAGGGACUGGAAAAAGCUUCUCUGGCCAACUGUGAUGUGGUAGUCGGGGGCUCCGCUCAGCUGAAAGGGAAGGGAAAACUGUCCUCUCUAGGCAAAAUAUUCAAACCCUGGAAGUGGCGGAAGAAAAGAACGAGUGAUAAGUUCCAGGACCUAUCCAAAGUACUAGAGAGGAAAAUUUCCACCAGGCAGACACGAGAAGAACUAAUCAGGAAGGGUGUCCUUAUUCCCGAUCAAGAAGACCAGGUGAACACUGAGACGUUGAAUGGACAUGCCGUUCCCAGUGGAGUUACAGAAGAGGUGAAAGUGGACAUCGAGUCUCCAGACACCCCCACUGAGGAGAAGACAGACCUAGCUCCAGAUACUGAUGAAACAGAAGAAAAGAAAGAAAACACACACAGCUCACCAGCCAGCGUGGCUGGAGCCCAGAAGACCGCUGCUAAAAAACAACAGCCCACGUCCAUCAAGCCCUCAGGUGGGGCUGCUGGUCCAGGGGGCAGGAAGGAUGGCAAGACAGGGUGUAAAAAAUUGCCAAAAGGGGCCAGUAAACAGGCCACUGCUCCUCCACCUAAACAAACCUCACGAAACACAACCCGAGGGAAUGCUAAACCUCCCAACCCCAAGAAAACUGCAGGCACAUCUAAAAGUUCCUCUCAGGCUUCUGGACAGGCUUCAACAGCCUGUGCAAAGAACCUCAAAGAUGGUGUCUCAGAACUGACUCCAGGAGAAACCAAGCAUGGCAAAAAAACCAACCAGUCUAGAUCUCCCCAACCUCGUUCCAAAGCCCCACCUGAACCAGACAAGACUCGGGGAGGCUCUUCCACGAAAGACCAAAAGAAUGAGACUGUGGCUUCAAGUGCAGAAGAGAAGGCAGUUAAGGAGACAUCUCAGGUUUGUGAAGAUGCUAAUAAGCAGCACAAUUGUUCUGCAGAGCCAGUUAGUAUUCGGCCCCACAUGAACGAAGCCACAGAGGAGACGUCUUUCACAGAGUCUUCGAAUGAACUUCCCUCAAAUGCUACAGCAGAGCCUCUGAGCACAGAGAAGGAAGCCGAGGAGGGGAAGAGUGCAGCAGAUGGUGACCGACAGACUGAAGGAAGCCGGAAGCCACAGGCGGUCAAUGUGGAAAACCCGGGAGUGACCAUUAUUCCUGACACUGUUCGAGAGACUCAGGCCAGUGAUUCAGACUCAGAUGGGCCUGUGCUCUACAGAGAUGAAGAAGAGGAGGAUGAAGAGGAUGAGUAUACCUCCAGUUCUCUUGCCAGCAAAAUCCGCCGCAGAGACACGCUUGCCAUCAAACUCGGCAAUAGGCCCAGCAAGAAGGAGCUGGAGGAGAAAAAUAUCCUUCCAAGAACGUCAGAGACAGAGAGACAGGAACUGCGGCAACAGAUCGGCUGCAAACUAGUAAGACGGCUGAGUCAGAGACCCACGACUGAAGAGCUGGAGCAGAGAAACAUUCUGAAACAGAAGAAUGAAGAGGAAGAGCACGAGGCCAAGCAAGAAAUUAAACGACGGCUCUCCCGAAAGCUGAGCGUCCGGCCCACAGUCGCCGAGUUGGUGGCCAGGCGAAUCUUGCGUUUUAAUGAGUAUGUGGAGGUGACCGAGGCGAAAGAUUAUGACCGUCGUGCAGACAAACCCUGGACCAGGCUGACCCCCGCUGACAAAGCUGCUAUACGCAAGGAACUUAACGAGUUCAAAAGCAAAGAGAUGGAAGUUCAUGAAGAGAGCAAGCAGUUUACCAGGUUCCAUCGGCCCUGAGGCGGUCUCCAUCGUGAGCUUUCUGGACUGCUGCCCGUGCCGGGCUCUCUCUUCCUGUCCCUUCAUCAUGCUUCCUGCUGGGGCCAACAGUUGGGCUCCUGUUGCACAUCGGCUGUCCUCUGGCACUGGCAGUGCUCCGGCUGGCCUGUCUCUAGCCAUCGCCGUCAACUGCCCAGGGGACUGGAGCACAGCUGAACUGCAGAGACACAAAGAGAGAGACUGCUGGACAUGAACAAAUGUGAACGCAGACAGGUGCCUUGGUCUGUCCUGGGAUUUUUCUUUUUUUUUUUUGUUAUUUUUUGCACACACUAAGGACAAGACUUGUACAUUUUUUUGCAAUUUACCAUGGCCAUCGAGGAAGAUUCGCAUUAUGCCUCAAGCAUACAAUAUAAGGGACAAACAAUGACUUCUCCUUGGUGAGCCAUUGCUGCGUAUCCAAACCGGCAGUGUGUUGAGGAUAUUUGUUUUGUAUUUGUAACUGUUUUUAAAGCAGUAUUAUAGUGUGGAGUCCCAUAGUAGCUCUGAAUAUUCAUGCAUGUGAAAAGCAUUUUAAAAAUCAUACUCACUCAAUUCUUACCAUUACUUUAAACCAAGUUGAAAAGGACAUUUAAACCAUUAGAACUGUUUAUUAUCGGUAGUAUUCUCUAUCCAGACUGGUAGCAUCCACAAAAGUGAAGGGAAAACUAGUACAUUCAAUUAGCAGUUUUAUGUAAAAUCCUGUAGCUUUUCAUACUAUUUACUUUAAUAUUAUCACUGUCUUUUGGUUUUAGAGUCUCCAUUGAUUUGACCUUCAGUUGGACUGAGCUAGGGCUAAAUACUACAGGCAGCAAGCGACAGAACUGGACACCAAAAAGAAAAAAAAAAAACAAAAAAAAAAAAACUUUUUUCCUUUGUGAACAGAAACAUUCGAACAUACUACAAACCAGGAUUAAACAAAGGUAGGCAAGUGUGAUAUUCGCUUAAGCAGGUUGAUUUUUGCAUGUUGUCUCAACAAAUGAAACCUCAUCCUUUCACUUAUGAUCUGGACCACUUUGGUGUGCUCUCAGAACACGUGAAACAAAUCAGGUAAAAAAUGGAUUUGGAUCAUCAAGAAAGCAACAAAUCCAUUUUAAACAUAGCUUGUCUGUAUAAAUAUAGCGUUAUUACAGUGCAUUGUCAUAUGCUGUGGGAUCAAACUAUCUAAUGUCAGAUGAUGUUGCCAGACAUGCGUAUGUUUUAUCAGAUGCUGAGAGUAUUAUUUUAUCAUUGUAAACGCGUAUCCUGGAAAAUGUUUAAAUUAUUUUUAAUCAGUUGUUGUACAGAAUGUGCAUAUAAUACAUGUGAAUACAUCCACUAUGCUGUGAA